CAAGAGAGGCCGGAGCAGUCUUACCCUAAUGUAAGAUGGUGGCCCGUCCGGCUGUGGAACCCACGGAAAGCCGAGAGUCCCCCUCUCAGCCAUAAAGGUCGGACUUGGAGGAGCCAUCCGGCCCUAUCCCGACGAGGCCUGCCCCGGCAGCCGCUCAGCAGUCACUUGCGAGGACGCGCCAGCCCGUGGGCUCGGGAGGAGGAGAAAGCGAGGUCUUCAGAGUGCUCCAUUUUAAUUUUCAGUGCUGACCUUCCUUCUCCCUUAAGUUAUUAUAAACUUUUUUUGCUGCUGUGUAUACACGUGAAGAUGUCUCGCAGUCCUGAUGCAAAGGAAGACCCUGUGGAAUGCCCCCUUUGCAUGGAGCCCUUAGAGAUCGAUGAUAUCAACUUUUUCCCUUGCACUUGUGGCUACCAAAUUUGCCGCUUCUGUUGGCAUCGUAUUCGCACUGAUGAGAAUGGACUUUGUCCUGCUUGCAGAAAGCCAUAUCCAGAGGACCCAGCAGUGUAUAAACCACUCUCCCAGGAAGAACUGCAAAGGAUAAAGAAUGAAAAAAAACAGAAGCAGAAUGAAAGGAAACAGAAGAUAUCAGAGAAUCGUAAACACUUGGCAAGUGUACGUGUGGUACAAAAGAACCUUGUUUUUGUGGUAGGACUCUCCCAGCGUUUAGCAGACCCAGAGGUUUUAAAACGACCAGAAUAUUUUGGGAAGUUUGGUAAAAUACAUAAAGUUGUCAUCAAUAAUAGUACAUCAUAUGCAGGCUCACAGGGUCCAAGUGCCAGUGCUUAUGUCACCUAUAUCCGGUCAGAAGAUGCUCUCAGAGCCAUACAGUGUGUCAACAACGUAGUAGUAGAUGGCAGAACACUUAAGGCUUCUCUAGGUACAACAAAAUACUGCAGUUACUUCCUAAAGAAUAUGCAGUGUCCAAAACCGGACUGUAUGUAUCUACAUGAAUUGGGGGAUGAAGCAGCUAGCUUCACAAAAGAGGAAAUGCAGGCGGGUAAACACCAAGAGUAUGAACAGAAGCUACUUCAAGAAUUAUAUAAAUUAAACCCCAAUUUUCUUCAGUUAUCUACGGGUUCCGUUGACAAGAAUAAGAACAAAGUGACGCCACUGCAGAGCCCCAUUGACAAACCUUCAGAUUCCCUCAGUAUAGGGAAUGGUGAAAAUUCCCAACAGAUAUCUAACAGUGAUACACCAUCACCACCUCCUGGUUUAUCAAAACCUAAUCCAGUCAUCCCCAUCAGUUCAUCUAAUCACAGUGCAAGGUCCCCUUUUGAAGGGGCAGUAACAGAGUCACAGUCACUAUUCUCGGACAACUUCCGGCACCCCAACCCUAUCCCUAGUGGGCUACCCCCAUUCCCCAGUUCCCCACAGACUUCCAAUGACUGGCCAACAGCACCAGAACCACAGAGCCUCUUCACAUCAGAAACAAUCCCAGUGUCAUCCUCUACAGACUGGCAAGCAGCAUUUGGCUUUGGUUCCUCUAAACAGCAAGAGGAUGACUUGGGGUUUGAUCCCUUUGACAUCACUCGCAAAGCCUUAGCAGACCUGAUUGAGAAGGAACUGUCAGUCCAAGAUCAACCUUCCCUUUCGCCCACAUCUCUUCAGAACCCUUCCUCACACACUACAACCGCCAAAGGGCCAGGCCCUGGAUUUCUGCAUCCUGCCGCACCCACAAAUGCCAACUCUCUCAGUAGCACCUUUUCAGUCUUGCCACAGAGGUUCCCUCAGUUUCAGCAACACCGGGCGGUUUAUAAUUCAUUCAGUUUUCCAGGCCAGGCAGCCCGCUAUCCUUGGAUGGCCUUUCCACGAAAUAGCAUCAUGCACUUGAACCACACAGCAAAUCCCACCUCAAAUAGUAAUUUCUUGGACUUGAAUCUCCCGCCACAGCACAGCACAGGUCUGGGAGGGAUCCCUAUAGCAGACAACAACAGUUCUGUAGAGAGUUUAAAUAUGAAGGAAUGGCAGGACGGGCUAAGGGCACUUCUACCCAACAUUAACAUCAACUUUGGUGGACUGCCCAAUGCUUCUUCCCCCUCCAACGCCAACCACAGUGCACCAACGUCCAACACUGCCCCCACGGACAGCCUGAAUUGGGACAGCCCUGGCAGCUGGAUGGACCCCGCCAUCAUCACAGGUAUCCCAGCAUCAACAGGAAAUAAUUUAGACUCUCUUCAAGAUGACAAUCCUCCACACUGGCUAAAAUCCCUUCAGGCCCUCACAGAGAUGGACGGCCCCAGUGCUGCUCCGUCACAAACCCAUCACAGUAACCCCUUCAGCACACAGAUCCCUCUGCACAGAGCCAGCUGGAAUCCUUAUUCUCCCCCUUCAAAUCCCACCAGUUUCCAUUCCCCACCCCCAGGCUUUCAGACCGCCUUCAGACCACCCAGCAAAACCCCGACAGAUUUACUACAGAGUUCUGCACUGGACCGCCAUUAGAGAAGGAGAAAAAAACCAUUAGAAAUGCAGGAAUUGCCCCGCCCUGUCUCCUCCCUCUCAACUUACCCACAGUACCCUUCUCAUAACUUUCUUUCUGAAGAAUCCAGUUCCUGAUCAACUCUUUUUUCCCUUUCUUCCCACCCCCAGAUGCAAUGCGAUCACAGGGUCAUUACCUUUUUUUUUUUUUUUUUUUUUUUCCUUUUAAACCAGAAGAGUUUUUGCUGAUCCAGUGUUUAACCAACACUGUUGAUUAUUUCCUAAAAUGCCUUUUAAGGAGGAGAAAGAGAGAAAGUCAGAGCGAGAGAGAGCCAGAGCAAGAGAGAGUGAGAGAGAGCGAGAGUGAGGGAGAGAGC